AUGGCCACCGACCCUCCUAUCUUUCGUGGAUCAAAGGAGCCUUUGGAUGCUGAUUUUUGGCUGCAUACCAUAGAGGAGAAAUUUGGUCUUAUUCAGUGCAAUGAUCAAGAGAAAGUUAAUUAUACGGCUCAUCAACUUCGAGAUGCCGCGGGAGCUUGGUGGCAUGGAUACAAGGCACAAGUUGGAGAAGGUCACCAUGUGACUUGGGCUGAAUUUCGUGAGGCUUUUCGAGCAUAUCACAUUCCCAAGAGUGUGCUCAACACCAAGAGGGAUGAGUUCCGCAGGUUGCGCCAAGGCAACAAACCCGUGAUGGAGUAUGUCAAUACUUUCAAUUAUCUUGCCCAAUAUGCCUUGGAGGAUGUCAACACGGAUGAGAAGAAGCAAGAUCAUUUCAUGAAUGGGCUGUCUUUGAAGCUACAAUCUCAUCUUUCCACCACGGAUUUUCGGGAUUUCAAUGACAUGGUUAGCAAGGCGAUCAAGGCCGAGUACAAGAUGAAUGCAUUUGAGAAUGAGAACCGUAAGAUUGAUAUGGAGAACCGCAAGCGGGCUGCCUCUUCUUCAACCGGUGAGCUUGAUGUCUUUGUGGUGAUUUUCAUCGAUGACGUUCUUAUCUUCUCCAAGACCGAGGAAGAGCAUGCCGAGCAUAUUCGCAUUGUUCUUCAUAAACUUCAUAAUCAUCGUCUCUAUGCCAAGUUUAGCAAGUGUGAAUUUUGGCUCAAAGAAGUGGCUUUUCUUGGGCAUAUUCUUUCGGAAAAUGGUGUAGUUGUGGAUCCAAGUAGGGUGAAGGAUGUGCUCGACUGGAAGCAACCUUAA